AUGGCGCCCGAAAGCCUUCAGUCUCUCGACGCAAUCCUCAAUACCUCUCUGACUCUCCUCGCCCAGCUACAGACGGCUCUCACCAAGAUCCAUGCCACGCCAAACCAGCCCUCGUCAAAUACACCGACACUGACAAAGGAGGGUCAGCCAAUCGAUGCCAUCGCCCUUGCGCGCGAUUCUGCGUCGCUCAUCCGCGCACACACCACAAAGCUUUCCCUCCUCGUUGUGAACGAACCUUUCUCCGCCAAAGCUGUCGUCGGAAUCGUGCGCGAUCUCGUUGGUGGCCCGGUCCCGGGUCUGGCAAGUGCUCUGGAGGAGUGCACCCCCGAUCGGUACACAUCUGUCUUCCGCAAGGAACUGGCCUGGUGCUGUCGCACCGUGUUUAUCGAGCUGUCGGGCCUGCUGAGCAAGGUCCCGCGCGACGGCAAGGCUCUGAGUGGCAGCAAGGAAGGCUUUGGCCCUGACAGGAAGGGCAGUAUUGCCUUUACGGGUGUGCUCUGGGCGGCUUGUGACGAAGUCACAAAACUUGCCAACCUCGGCAUCGGGGGGUUCUUGAAGAUCAAGGUCGAGGAGUGGAGAGACACACUGCAAGAUGUCAUGGAAGAGCUGAAAGAAUGGGGUGACGAGGAAGCCGAGGAUGAGGAAGAGGGCGACGAGGAAGAUGAGGUGGAUCAGCUUGCGGAGGGAUUGCAAAACGCCCACCUGAGCGCGCAAGACAUGGUUGACGACAUGAUGGAUUCGGCAUCUGCCAUACCCAAAGCCGACCCCGACAAGAUUCGCCCACGCCUCGAGACAUCACUCAAAAGGCUGCGCCUCGUCACCAUUCUAUACAAUGCCAUUGUCAAGAGGAGGAUCAAGAAGCUCCCCCAGCUUCCACCACCCGCAACAGCCGACGAAGACGCGCAGAAUGUGACCAAGCGGUUGGACGAGGCUGCGGCGGUUCUACGCGUGCUGCCAGAUCGAUGCGGCGACCUGGCUUGUGCGUUCUAUGAGCUUGAGCCGGAUGAGAUUGAUAGUAUCAUGGACCAGUGCUUUCUGGAUGCGUUUGCUGUGAGUGAGCUGCUCGGACGGAGUUGGGAUGGCGGGAAGGAUGAGUUCACUGAGUGGACGGAUAAGUUUCAAGAGGAGAUGAAGGGUAGAUAG